AUGAUGCUUUUUGAAGAAGGAAUAGAUUUUAAUAAUCCAUAAAUAAACAUUGAAUGGCUCCCUUUACAUUAUUAUGAUGAUGUUACAAACGAGUAACUUUUUGUAGAUGGACAUAUUAAUCUAGAAGAAGUAUUUACAGACGAUGACGGACUUCCUAUUUAAGCAACAGGAAAGGCUAUAUAUUUUGAUGAAGAGACUAGACAAUAUAGUUGGUAAAUAGUUGAUAUAUUAGGUUACAAUCAAAAUAAAGGGAAAUUUAGAUGCGUAUUCGAGAAUGGGUAAAAGAAAUUAAUUCCACGUAUUUAUAUCUGUUUUGAUAUUGAAGAAAUGUAAUAAUUUGUCAAAAGAGUAGCUGUGGCUUUUUAAAAAAGAUUAUAUGCAGACUCAUUAAUUAGGUUAAAGUUUUACAUUUCUUCUAUGCCAACUAAUCAUUUGAGUGAAGUUUCUCCAGAAAUGAAAAAGAAUUUCGAAAAAUUUGUAAGAAAUAAAACUUUUGAACAUGCUGAACUUACUUCUCUUUUGAUGGAAGUUUCUCAAGAAUUUUCAUUUAAUAUGAAUGGUAUUAUUUUUGAAAAAUAUUUAAAUGAACAUUCUGAAGAUUUAGUCCCACAUGGACUUGUUUUACCUCCUAGAGAUGAUGAUUUGUAAAUUCCUUAUAAAGGAAUGCUUAUGUUAGAAAAAGAAAAAGGUGCUAAAGAUAUUUAUAUGUUUUCUCCAUAUGAGAUUUAUGUUACUGAACCUAAAGAUUUUCAUGAAGUUUUUAAAGAUUUUUGCCUGAAUUCAUUUUUGAUUACUCCAGAGGCAAUAAGAGCUCUUUAGGAUAUUAGAAAUGAAUGCAAUAAAAUAUUAGAAUAUGAAUUCUUUAAACUUAGUACUCCUUAAUAACCUUAUAGAUUAGAAGCUUUUAAAGCUGAAUAAGAUUCCGAAUAUCAUGAAAUACUUAAGAAAUUAAAAAUUAAUUGGAUUCCUACUAUUGAAAGAAUUAUUACUUAAGAAUUUACUGGUUCUGAAAAAGGAUGGCUAAAUUUAAAAGAAAAUAAUCUAGAUGUAUAUAAUAAUGGAAAAUUAAAGAAAUUCUUUAAUUUAGUAGUUACUAUGAUGCAAGAUAGUUUAUUAACUUUAUGUUAACGUUCAUUUAAGAAUUUCUAUAAAUACUUGUCAUAAUAUGUACCUGAAAAAGUGGAAGUUUUAAGUCCUAAUCAUGUAAUAAACUAUUAUAAAAACAAUGUAAUUAUAAACAGUAAAGAUUCUAAUACCACAUAUUCUGUAAAUGCCAUAAAACCUUUGUUUGUUGUCGAUUUAAUGAAAAAAAUCGAAGACAAAGAGUUCUUAUAUUCAACUAAUGCAAUAAAUUUUGUAUAAACAAUAUAGAUGAUUUAUGAUUAAUUAAUUGACGAACUUUCUAAGCUGCCUCAUAUUGAAAAAACUGUGAUGUAGGAUUUAUUCAGGAAAGCUUCUUUAUUAAAAGAAGUGUUUUUAAAAAGUCCUAAAAGAGAUAAUGGUUAGAAUUAUUAGUAUGUCUCAAAAGAGGAAUUAUAGUUUGACGAAAAUAAAUGGGUAAAUGAAUUAUUUAAUAUUAUAAGUAAAGAAGCUGAGUAGUCUAUUUAACCUUUAGAAGAAUAUUUAAAGUAGUUUGAUCCUUAUAAAGAUUUGUUAUUGUUAAAUCCAGAAGAAUAUGUAAAACAAUAUGAAGACGGUGAGAAUUAAAAAGAAAUUAGUAUCAUUACAGAUGAAAUUGAUUAAAUAUAAUAAAAAGAAAAAAGCUUAGUUUCUUUAAUGCCUGAUGCUAUUUAAGUUUCAUAUUUUCAAAUAAAUUGUUAGGAUACUGUUAAUUAUUUAGUGAAUAAAUAUUAAUAAAUAAUAAAAUUGUUCAUUGAAUUAAUUGCUAAUAGAGCUAAAAAUAAAACUAUAGAACUCUAUAAAGAUAUAUACAGUUGUAGAUAAAUUAUUACAAAAGCUCCAAAUAAUAUAGAAGAGUUAUCAGCUACACUCGAAUAUAUGAUGGGAGUUCCUAUUGAAUUAGAAAAAUAAAAGAAAGAAAUUGAGAAAUCUAUGGAAUUGUAUGAUAUUAUGGAAACAUAUAAUUAUAAAUUCACAGAAGAUGAAAUAAAGAAAAAAUGGUAAGUUUUUGGAGGACCUAAAGAUAUUUUAAAGACUAUGGAAGAAUAAAAAACUAAUUUAGAAAAAGAAAAACUAAAAUUCAGAGAUAGAAUGAUACAUGAAUAAGAGAAUUUUAAAACUGAAUUAGAAGAUGUGGAAAGAAUUGUAUAAAAUUUCCAUACAUAUACUAAUAUUAAAGAUCAUAGCACUGUAAGUGGACUUUCUAGAGAUUUAUAUUAGAAAAUAAAGGAAUUUUAAGAAAGAGCCAAGAAAUUUAAUAAUUAAGAAGAACUUUUUAAUAAGGACAUUACUGAUUAUUCACGAAUUUAAUAAAUGAGAAAAGAUUUUGAUCCUUAUUAUAAUUUAUGGACUACUUCUAAUUAAUGGUUCAAAAAUAUAGAAAUAUGGAGAAAUGGUCCUUGGGACGAAUUAAAUGCAAUAGAAUGCGAAAAAUUUGUUGAUGAAGCAUUUAAAACGUACAAUUAAUCUAUAAAAUUUUUCAAAGAAAAAGACAUAUAAGGAGUUCUAAAAAUCGCCUAAGCAGUAAAAAGUUAAGUAGAUGCCUUUAGACCUCAAGUUCCUUUAAUGGUUGCUUUAAGAAGAAAUGGAAUGAAAGAAAGACAUUGGGAAUAAAUAUCGGAAAAAGUAGGAUUUAAAGUGGAACCAACGGAAGAUUUUACAUUUACGAAAUUAAUCGAUAUGGGUUUAAUGUAACAUUUACUUAUUUGCGAUGAAAUAGGAGAAAGGGCAACUAAAGAAUAUAAUAUUGAAUGCAGUUUGAAAGAAAUGAAAGCUUAAUGGGAAGAUAUUAAAUUUGAUUUAAAAUAAUUUAAAACAUCUUUUAUAAUAAGAGGAUAUGAUGAUAUAAAUGCAGUUUUAGAUGAACAUAUAGUAAAUACUUAAUCAAUGUAAUUUUCACCAUUUAAAAAACCUUUCGAAAAAGAGCUUAUUGAAUGGAAUGAUUAACUUAAAUUAAUGAGCGAAUUAUUAGAAGAAUGGGCUAAAUAUUAAAUGAAUUGGAUGUAUCUAUAACCUAUUUUUGAUUCACCAGAUAUAGCAAAAUAACUACCUGGGGAAACUAAAAAAUUCAAAUAGGUAGAUUAGAAUUGGAAACAUAUGAUGAAUUAUACAAAAUAAGUGCUCUAGGUUGUAAAAGUGUGCUAAUUGGAAGGUUUGAAAGAUAAAUUAAAAGAAGGAAAUUCUAAUUUGGAGAUAGUUUAGAAAGAACUAAAUAAUUAUUUGGAGAAAAAAAGAGAAAGAUUUGCUAGAUUUUAUUUCCUUUCGGAUGAUGAAUUAUUAGAAAUUCUUUCCUAAACUAAAGAACCGACAGCAGUUUAGCCUCAUUUGAGGAAAGUUUUUGAAAAUGUACAUGAAUUGGAAUUCGAUGAAACUAAAAAAAUGCAUGCUAUGUUUUCCGCAGAAAAGGAAAAAGUACCUUUUAGUAGAAUCGUGGAUCCUGUGCAUAAAAAUGUGGAAGAUUGGAUGAAUGAAGUUGAGGAAAUGAUGAAAGAAAGUAUUAGAGAUAGUUUACUUCUUUCAGUUAAGGAUUAUGUUACUAAGUAGAGGAGUUAGUGGGUGCUUUGCCAUCCUGGAUAGUGUAUUUUGAAUGGAAGUCAGAUUGUAUGGACUGAGUAGGUUGAGUAAUCUAUAAAGGAAGAUAAAGUGGCUGAGUUUUGGAAAAAAUCUGAGAAAGAAUUGCAUGUUUUGGUUGAUUUGGUAAGACAGAGACUUACUAAGUAGUAGAUGACUACUAUAAAUGCACUUAUUGUGCUAGAUGUGCAUGCUAAAGAUGUUGUGUAGAAUUUACUGGACAAUCAAGUGAAUGAUAUUGGAGCAUUUGAGUGGAUUUCAUAAUUGCGAUAUUAUUGGGAAUAAGACAAUUGCAGAGUAAAAUGUGUAUAGACUAAUUUCCCAUAUGGGUAUGAAUACUUAGGGAAUACUCUGAGACUUGUAAUUACUCCGUUAACAGAUAAAUGCUAUAUGACUCUAAUGGGUGCUUUGAAAUUAAAUUUAGGAGGAGCUCCAGCAGGACCAGCUGGUACAGGAAAGACUGAAUCAGUGAAAGAUUUGGCUAAAGGAUUGGCUAAAUAAUGUGUAGUAUUUAAUUGCUCAGAUUCAAUGGAUUAUUAGUAGGUGGCGAAAUUUUUCAAAGGACUCGCUAGUGCAGGGGCUUGGUGUUGUUUUGACGAGUUUAAUAGAAUUAAUAUUGAAGUAUUGUCUGUUAUAGCUUAGUAGUUAUUGAUUUUAUUUGGAGCAAAAGCUGAUGGAAGAGAAAUUGUAGAAGGAUUUGAAGGAAGUGAUAUUAAAUUAAAGCCUACUUUUUGCGUCUUUAUUACUAUGAAUCCAGGGUAUGCUGGAAGAACAGAAUUACCAGAUAAUUUAAAGGCACUUUUUAGACCAGUGGCUAUGAUGGUGCCUGAUUAUGCGCUGAUUGGGGAAAUUAUGCUUUAUUCUUUCGGGUUUAAAUUAGGGAGAGAUUUAGCAAAGAAAAUGGUCGUGACAUUUAAAUUGUCAAGUGAGUAGUUGAGCUCAUAGGAUCAUUAUGAUUAUGGUAUGAGGGCAGUUAGAAGUGUUAUUAAUGCGGCUGGGUUACUUAAGGCUGCCGAUCCUGAUAUGGAUGAGAAUUAAUUACUAUUAAGAGCUUUAAGAGAUGUUAAUGUCCCAAAAUUUUUAAAAGAUGAUCUACCAUUGUUUGAAAAUAUUAUAUAGGAUUUAUUUCCAGGGGUUAGUAGACCGAAGAUUGAUUAUGGGUAGUUACUUAAUUCUAUAUAGAAUUCUAUUUAAGAAUUUAAUUUAUAAGCUUAAGAAAGUUUUAAUUAAAAAAUCUUAUAAUUAUAUGACACUAUUUAAGUAAGACAUGGUCUUAUGCUUGUAGGGCCUACUGGAGGUGGAAAAACUAGUAAUAUUAAAGUUUUAUAAAAAGCUUUAACUAAACUUGAAAAAUAAGGAUUUUAUAAAGUUCAUUCACAUACUAUGAAUCCUAAAAGUAUUACUAUGGGUUAAUUAUAUGGUUAAUCUAAUGAAUAAACUAGAGAAUGGAAUGAUGGUAUUUUAGCUUAUACUGUAAGAGAAGCUUGCAGAGAUUAAAGUUCUGAGAGACAUUGGAUUAUUUUCGAUGGACCAGUAGAUGCUAUUUGGAUAGAAAAUAUGAAUACUGUACUUGAUGAUAAUAAAAAAUUAUGUCUUAAUAGUGGUAUGAUUUUAACUCUUACUCCUUAUAUGACUAUGAUGUUUGAAGUAGAGGAUUUAACCGUUGCUUCUCCUGCUACAGUUUCGAGAUGUGGAAUGGUCUAUAUGGAGCCUAUAUCUUUAGGUUUAAAGCCUUUAAUUAAGAGUUGGAUGAAUACUUUACCUUAAAAAUGUUUGGAAAGGAAGAAUAUUGUGAGCAGUUUGGAAGAUUUCUUUAAUAUAUAUCUAGAUAAGACUGUAGCAUUUUUAAGGGGAUUUACUAAGGAGAUUGUGCCUACUAUGGAUAAUAAUUUAUGCUAGAGUCUUUUUAGAAUUAUGAAUUGUUAUUUCUAGAACUAUAAAGAGACUGAAAUAAAAAAAGUUUAACCGGAAGAAAUUGAUUAGUUGGAAUAAAUGCUGGAAUCUUUGCUUAUAUUUAGUUUAAUUUGGAGUAUUUGUUGUACUGUAGAUUAUGAAAGUAGGGAAAAGUUCUCUUAGUUUAUUCGAGAAUAGAUGAUUAUUCAUAAAGCCAAAUAAUAAUUCCCUAGUUUAGGAUUAGUUUAUGAUUAUUAAUAUGAUUAAAAAUUAAAAGAAUUUACUCCCUGGAGUGAAAAUUAUAAAAAUUUCUAAGUUGAUAAACUUAUAUAUAAUGAAAUUAUGGUACCUACAAUUGAUUCUACUAGAAAUAUUUACUUAAUGAAGUUACUUUUGAUAAAUGAUUACCAUGUAUGCUUUCCUGGGCCUACUGGUACUGGUAAAUCUUUAAAUGCAUACGAAUUAUUAGGAAAUGGCUUAACAGAAAACUUCUAAUAUAUUGCUUUGACUUUCAGUGCUUAAACUUCGGCAAAUUAAACUCAAGAUACUAUAGAUUCUAAAUUGGAAAAAAGAAGAAAAGGUAUAUUUGGGCCUCCUAUAGGAAAAAAAUGUAUUAUAUUUGUGGAUGAUCUUAACAUGCCUAAAAAAGAAGAAUACGGAGCUUAACCUCCUAUUGAAUUGAUUAGAUAAUACUUUGAUCAUGGAGGAUGGUAUAAUAGGAAAGAUUUGUAAUUUAUGAGAUUGGAUGAUUUAAUUAUAUUGAGUGCUAUGGGACCUCCUGGGGGUGGACGUUCGAAUAUUUCACCAAGAUGUUUAAGACAUUAUAAUACUAUUUGCUAUACUGAUUUAGAUGAAGGGAUUAUUAGGAGUAUAUUCUAAACACUAGUUAAUGCAUUUUUGGCUAAAUUUAAUGAAUAGAUAAAAGAUCUUAUUCCUGAAUUAAUUAAUUCUGUAUUAGUUACAUAUAAGAGGGUUAAAAAUGAGCUUUUGCCAACUCCAAAGAAGUCGCAUUAUACUUUUAACUUGAGAGAUAUAAGUAAGGUGUUUUAAGGAAUAUGUAAUGCUAGUGAAAAACAUUGUUAAGAACCUGCAAGUAUAGUUAAGUUAUGGUAUCAUGAAAAUAUGAGAAUUUUCCACGAUAGGCUAGUUGAUUAAGAUGAUAGGGAUUAUUUAAAGGAAAUGUUAGCAUCUUAAUUUGGGAAGUUUAGCCUUGAAAAAGAGUAAAUUUUAGACAUCGAAAGGAUAAUUUUUGUAGACUUUUGGAACGGAAGAGAAUCGGAUUUCAGGCCAUAUAUUUAAGUAUCUGAUUUGAAAGUACUUAUGACGAAAAUGGAAGAGUUUUAGGAAGAAUAUAACUAGAAUCCCUAGUUUACGAAAAAAGGAAAAUCAUUAAUGAAAUUAGUGCUUUUCUUAGACGCUUGUGAACAUAUUAGCAGAAUAAAUCGUAUUUUAAGAUAACCAAAAGGUAAUGCCUUGCUUUUGGGCGUUGGAGGUUCCGGAAGAUAAAGUUUAAGUAAAAUGGCAACUUUUAUUGCUGGAUAUAAAUUAUAAUAGAUAGAAGUUAUUAAAGGAUAUAGUAUGAGAUCAUGGAGAGAAGAUAUAAAAAAUAUUUUAAUGAUGGCAGGUGUAAUUGAUGAACCUGUUGCAUUUUUAUUUGUUGAUACAUAAAUUAUAAAUGAGUAAAUGUUAGAAGAUUUAAAUUCUAUUUUAAACUCAGGUGAUGUAACGAAUCUUUAUUAAGAUAAAGAUAUGGAAGAAAUAAUAGAUGCUUGCAAAAACGAGUGUAUAAAAAGGAAUUUAUAACCAAAUAAAAUGAAUAUAUUUUCACAAUAUUUACGUCGUGUUUGUAAUAAUAUUCACUUAGUUAUUGCUAUGAGUCCUCUUUCUAAUCUUUUCUCUACUAGACUUAGAAUGUUCCCCAGUUUAGUUAAUUGCUGUACAUUAGAUUGGUUCACAGAAUGGCCAGAGGAGGCUUUAUUGGGAGUCGGUAAAGGAUAAUUAAUUGAUUUUAUUGAUGAAGUUGGAAUUUCUAAUUAAUAACUAAUUUAAUUAGUAGAAACUUUUAAGACUAUACAUAAGAGUGUGGAGAAAAUCUCAGUUUAAUAUUAGUAAGAAUUGAGAAGAAUUAAUUAUGUUACUCCUACUUCUUAUUUGGAAUUAUUGACGAUGUUUAAGACUAUUAUGAAGGUGAAAAGAAAGGAGUUAAAAGAUUCCAUUACUAGGCUUAAAAAUGGGUUAGAUAGACUUAUUGAAGCUAAUAUUUAGGUAGAAGAAAUGCAAAUUAAGCUUAAGGAUAUGCAGCCUCAAUUAGAAGAAGCAGCUAUUAAAACCGAGUAGAUGAUGACUUAUAUCGAAAAAGAAUAAAAAGAAGCUGAUAUUACUUAAAAAAUUGUUUCUGAAGAAGAAGCCAUAGCAACUAAAUAAGCUAAUGAAGCACAAAAAGUAAAAGAAGAAGCUGAAAAAUCAGUAGAAGAGGCUAAUAAAAUUCUUGAUGCUACUCUAAUAGAAGUUAGAAAAUUAAAAAAAGACCAUUUAGUCGAAGUUAAGUCUUUACCGAAUCCACCAGCAGCUUGCAUUACUAUUUUAGGAGGAAUGGUUAUUUUAAUGUAGGAUGAAAUUAAGAACAAAGGUGGUUAGAUUAUUGUUAGAAACGUGGAAGGGUAAAUUGGAAAAAAAGAAGAAGAUUAUUUUGGUACUGCGAAAAAAUACUUAUUGGCAGAUCCAGGUGAACUUCUUAGUUUAUUACUAGAUUAUGAUAAAGAGAAUAUUAAUUAAUAAUAUAUUAAAAAAUUAGAAGAUAAAAUUCUUCAUUAAGAAGAUUUUACACCAGAAAAAGCCAAAACAUGCUCUUUUGCAAUUAAAUAUAUAUAAGCAUGGAUAUAGGCAAUGUACGAUUUUAAUAAAGUUUUUAGAUAAACACAACCUUUGAGAGAUAAAUUAAAUGCUAUGGAAAAACUUGUAAAUGAGAAAAUGAGUGAAUUAAGAGUUAAGAAAUAAGCUUUGGAAGAAAUUUAAUAAAAAAUAAAGUCUUUAGAAGAUUCUUUUAAUAAAACAGUAGAAGAAAAAGAAAGAUUAGCUAAAGAAAUAUCUGAAUGUUAAUUAAAAUUGGAUAGAGCUCAGAAAUUAACUAGUGGAUUAUCUGAUGAAAAAGUGCGUUGGUCUAAUGAUAUUAAAUUAUUAUAAAGUAGGGAAACAUUAGUUCCUGGAGAUUCUGUUAUAGGAGCAGGUAUGGUGGCUUAUUCUGGGCCUUUUGUAAGUAGUUAUAGAUAGAUUUUAGAAAAAAUGUGGAUUCAUAAAUUAGAUGAAAUUGGUAUUUUACAUUCUGAUAAUGUUACUAUGUCUAAAUUUUUAGGAAAGCCUAUAUUAAUUUAAUAAUGGAAUUUAGCUGGUUUACCUAAAGAUGAUACUUCAAUAGAAAACGGUAUUAUAAUAGAAUAAUCAAGAAGAUGGCCUCUUAUGAUCGAUCCAUAGACUUAGGCAAAUAAAUAUAUAAAAAAUUUAGGUAAUAACUAAGAAAUAUGUAAAAUGGGAAUCGAUGUAUGCAAAAUGAGUGACUAUAAUUUAAUAAAAACCCUCGAAUUGGCCUUAAGAGGUGGAAAAUGGGUUCUCGUAGAAAACGUAGGUAGAGAUCUCGAUCCAUCACUAGAACCUAUUCUUUUAUAGCAAUUCGUAAGAACCAGUAAUGGAUUAGAAUUGACACUUGGAGACAAAACAAUAGCCGUAAAUUCCGACUUUAAAUUAUUUAUGACUUCAACUAAUCCAAAUCCUCAUUAUUCCCCUGAAACUUUCGUUAAAGUAUGCAUAAUUAACUUUGCGAUUACAAAAUAAGGAAUGGAAGAUUAAAUGUUGGCAAAAGUUGUAGAAUUAGAAAACCCUUAAUUAGAAUAAAAAAAGACUGAAAUCGUCAAAAGAAAUGCUGCAGAUAAAAAAUCUCUAUAUAAUAUAGAAGAUGAAAUCUUAAGAAGUCUAUAAGCUAGUGAUGAUAUUUCUGAACUUUUAAUGGACGAAACUCUGAUAAAUACACUAUAAAACGCUAAAAAAUUUGCCGCAGAAAUCAAUUAAAGGAUGCAAGACUCAAAAUUAACUGAAUAAUAAAUAGACUAGACUAGAGAAGGAUAUAGACCAGUCGCUUAUAGGGCUUCUUUGUUGUUCUUCUGUAUUUUAGACCUUAAUGUAGUUGAUCCUAUGUAUGAAUAUUCACUUUAGUGGUUUUCGAAAUUGUUUGAAAUGGGCGUGGAAAAUGCUCCGGCAUCAAAAGAACUUGUUUAGAGAUUAGAAAAUCUUAAUAAGUAUUUAACUUAUUCACUUUAUGAAAAUAUUUGUAGAUCUCUUUUUGAAAAGCAUAAACUGUUAUUUUCUUUCCUUUUAGCCGUUUAGAUUUUAUAGGGAGAUAAUAAAAUGGAUUUAGUAGAAUGGAGAUAUUUAUUAAGUGGUCCAACUGGAGAUAUAAAAAUACUAAAUAAUCCAACAUCUUGGGUAGAUGAGAAUAGUUGGGGUGAUAUGUAUAGAUAAAUAUAUUCUAUAGGCUAAUUAGAAAACUUAAAGGAUUUUGAUAAAUUCUUUAUGAGCAAUUCUGAUUUAUUUAAACCCUUAUUUGACUCAACCAAUCCCCACUUAGAGUCUUUACCAGAACCUUGGAACUCUUCCUUGAACGAAUUUUAAAAGAUGAUAGUCUUAAAGGCCAUUAGAUCGGAUAAAAUAAUACCUGCAAUUGAAAAAUGGAUAGAAAGUAACUAAGGUAGGGAAUUUAUUAUACCCCCUGUAUUCGAUAUAAGUAAGGGCUAUAAAGACUCAUAUUCUACGACUCCUCUUAUAUUCGUACUUUCUGCCGGUUCUGACCCAGUGGCUGACUUUUAACGUUUCUGUUAAGAAAUGGACAUGUAGAAUAAAAACAAUAGUAUUUCUCUAGGACAAGGUUAAGGUCCAAAAGCAGAAAAAAUGAUAAAGGAAGCAACCUAAAGAGGUGGAUGGGUGCUUUUAUAAAACUGCCAUUUGGCUAUUUCGUGGAUGUCCGAAUUGGAAAGAAUAGUUGAGGAGUUUAAUGAUAAUAUACAUAAAGAUUUUAGGCUUUGGUUAACGUCUAUGCCUUCUAAUUAAUUCCCUAUUUCGGUUUUAUAAAAUGGGGUUAAGAUGACUUUGGAACCUCCUUAGGGUUUAAGAGCGAAUUUAAGAAGAAGUUAUGCAGGAUUAAAUGAUAAUUAUUUAAAUAACUGCAAUAAAGUAGAUUAAUUUAAGAAACUUUUGUUCGGGUUCUGCUUUUUCCAUGCUAUUAUUUAAGAUAGGAGGAAGUUUGGAGCUAUAGGAUGGAAUAUUCCGUAUGAUUUUACUAUGGAAGACCUUAAUGUGUGUUAAAGGUAGCUUAAAAUGUUAUUGGAUGAGUAUUAAGAAAUUCCUUACAAAGUCCUGAAUUAUUUGGGGGCAGAAAUUAAUUACGGAGGAAGGGUUACAGAUGAUAAGGAUGUGAAAUUAAUUAAAUCAAUUUUAAGUAAUUACAUGAGACCUGAAAUUUUGUAAGAUGGAUAUAAGCUUUCUGAAAGUGGAAUUUACUAUUCUCCUUAGCCUGGGGAAUAUUCAGAUUAUAUCAAUUACAUAGACAGUCUUCCUUUAAAUCCGACUCCAGAAGUUUUUGGUUUGCAUGAUAAUGCUGAAAUUACUAAUGCCUAAAAUUAAACAAGGUCUCUUUUAGAAACUAUCCUGUCCGUACAACCCAGAACUAGUUCCGCAGGAGGAGUUUCAAGGGAAGAAAAAAUAGAAUAAAUAGCUACUUAGAUAUAGUAAAGAACGCCAAAAGAGUUCGAUUUUGAUGCUAUUUUUACGAAAUAUCCAACUGAUUAUAAUGAAUCUAUGAACACUGUGCUAAUUUAGGAAGUUGUGAGAUAUAAUAGGCUUUUAUAAAUAAUGAAUAUAUCACUUGUGAAUGCUAAAAAAGCUUUAAAAGGACUAGUUGUAAUGUCUGAAGAUUUAGAAAAGAUGACGAAUUCUUUAUAUGACAAUUAAGUGCCUUAACUUUGGGCAGCAAAAGGAUUUUUGUCUUUAAAAAGUCUUUCUUCGUGGAUUGAAGAUUUAAAUGAGAGGAUUCUAUUUUUAUAAAAUUGGAUUGAACAUGGAACUCCGAAAGUUUUCUGGAUUUCCGGAUUUUUCUUCCCAUAAGCUUUUGUGACUGGUACUUUAUAAAAUUAUGCUAGAAAGCAUAUUAUUGCAAUUGAUAAAAUCUAAUUUAAAUUUGAUAUAAAGGACGACAUUUAAUAUAUUGACAUUAAGGAAAAACCAGAUUUCGGGUGCUAUAUUUAUGGAAUGUAUUUAGAAGGAGCUAGAUGGUGUCAUGAAAGCCAUAAAUUAGAAUAAUCUAAACCAAAAGAACUUUUCUGUAAUUUACCUAUGAUUCAUCUUGUGCCAGUAGAAAAUAGAGUAAUUCCAACUUCAGGUAUUUAUAAUUGCCCACUUUAUAAAGUAGUUUCUAGGGCUGGUACUUUAAGUACAACAGGGCAUUCAACAAAUUUCGUUAUGUAUAUUGAAUUGCCAUCAGAUGUUUUAGAAUAAAUUUGGGUUGUGGCAGGAGUAGCUGGAUUUUUAGCUUUAAGAUAUUGAUUAUAUAAUAAUAUAAAUUAGUAUUUUUUUUAUUAAAUAAAGAUAUUUCUUAUUUUAUUAUAUUAAUAAGAUUUAUUAAUAUAUAAAUAUUUAAUAAUAAAUUAUUAUUGUUAUAAUU